UCCCUAUUGACGUGUAACUUUUGCUUAUCGCUGCAUCUUGAUUUGAAACCAACGACGAAAACUUCCCUAGUUUUUUCAGACUGUCAACCAACUAGAUAGUAAUCAAUUAUUGUAACAAGAAGCUAACUAUUGCAGUUGAUGAACUUUCUAAAAAGUGGUCUUCAAACGGUGCUAGGCUCGCAGGAGCCUGGCGCCAUCAGUGGAGCCGAAACGGUGGAACGUCUGGUGGAGAGAGUGAAUUCUUCGACCCUGCUCGAGGAUCGCCGAAAUGCGUGCAGGGCGCUGAAAGCAAUGUCCAGAAAGUAUCGUGUCGAAGUAGGAGCGCAGGGAAUGCCUGCGCUCCUACAGGUCUUGGAAAUGGAUCGCGCAGAUCCGGAAAUCAUUGGAUAUUGUUUGGAUACUUUGUGCAAUGUCACUUUCCCGGAACAGUUUGAGGAGGAAGCCGAAAAUCCAAACAUUACCGUCAACAUCGGGGAGCAGUUUACGGAAAUGUUCAUCAAAAAUAGCGAAAACGUUAGCUUGGUUCUCAAUUGUCUAGAAGAGUACGACUUUCGAGUACGAUGGUCAGCGAUCAAGUUGCUGACUAGUCUGUUGGCUAACAAACCUAAAGAAAUUCAGGAGAAUGUUCUAGUCAGCCCGAUGGGAGUGUCGAAAUUGAUGGAUCUUCUUAUUGAUAGCCGGGAGGUUAUCAGAAACGACGCUCUUUUAUUACUGAUUCAGCUAACGAAAGGGAACGCAAACAUUCAAAAAAUUGUAGCCUUUGAGAAUGCUUUCGAUCGGUUGUUUGACGUUAUUAAAGAAGAGGGUUGUGCUGAUGGAGGAAUCGUUGUUGAAGAUUGCUUAAUUCUGAUGUUGAAUUUGUUGAAAAAUAACCCUAGUAAUCAACAGUUCUUUAAAGAAGGAUCGUAUAUACAACGUUUAGCACCAAUGUUUGUGAUACCACCCGAACAGGAAGAGGUCGGAAUGACUCCGCAAAAAGUAUCGAACUUGCUGUGUAUGCUCCAAAUAGUAAGGUCCCUGGUUAGUCCUUUGAACCCUCAGCAAGUAAUCUCGUCAUGUCAAAAAGCAAUGCGCAGCUCUGGACUUUUAGAAGGGCUCUGCAAUAUCCUUAUGGGUAGUGGCGUCUCACCAGAUAUUCUUACCGAAACUAUCAACACUGUGGCAGAGGUUAUUCGUGGAGAUACAAGUAAUCAAGAUUAUUUUAAUUCUGUGCUUGCUCCUAGCAACCCACCCCGACCGGCCUUAAUUGUUCUGCUAAUGUCGAUGGUUAACGACAAACAACCACUGUCGUUAAGAUGCGCUGUUCUUUACUGCUUUCAGAGCUUUCUGUACAGAAACGAGCCUGGUCAAAAUGCCCUGGUCCAAACACUGUUACCCUCAACAGCGGAAGUAUCAUCGCUAACUUCUGGGCAACUUCUGCUCGGAGGGCUGUUUAGCACAGAUCAACUUUCAAACUGGUUUUCGGCAGUUUCGUUAGCACACGCGCUUCUCGAAAAUCCAACCCAGAAAGAGCAACUGCUGCGCGUUUUGGUAGCCUUGGUCGGUAGCACUCCGGUAUCGCUUCUACAGCAAUGUACUCUGCUUCUCCACCAGGCCAACUGUAAAUUCCAAAGCAAAGUAGCACUUCUGAUGCUGUUAGCCGUUUGGCUCAGCCACUGUCAGCUGGCGGUGAAAGCAUUCGUAACCAUACCGGGUAGUGUAGCGUAUCUGAUUGCGCAAAUAUCGGCAAACGAGCACGAUGACAACGAGUACUUGAUUCAGGGUCUGUGCGCAUUUUUGAUGGGAAUCUGUAUCCAGUUCAACGAUAGCACCGUUCAGGGUAGCGAACGGGAAGAUUUGUGCCAGUUGCUGAUCAAACGGAUUGGUCUGGAGACGUACAGUGCCAAGCUGGGCGAGGUAUCGAAGCAUGAGAAUUACAGUCGGUCGGCGAAGCAUCCGCAGAUCAGAAUACGAUCGAGUUCGGAUUUACUUCUGGAUUACGAGUUCUGCAAGCUGUUCAAAGCAUUGGAGGCUAUCAUAACGAAAACUGUGAACGGGUUCGGAAGUGGAGCAGAAAACAUCACGGAGCUUACCUUAAGCCAGGAAGCGUCCGGACUCGUAGGACAGUACAAGGAUAUUAUUCGUGAUCAGGACAACCGAUUACAAAAACUACAGGAGCAAUUACGGAAUGCAGAAGCUGAAUCGGCACAGUUGAAGACCCGACUCGAGCAAGCGCAAAAUACAAACUCCCAACUUUCCGACCAGAACAUUCUACUAAAAGCACAACUACAAGCGGCGUCCGAUGUUCAGAAGAGUCAACAACAGUCUCCAUUCCAUUUGCUUCCCACGCAUGGGGAGAACGUAAACCACCAGGUGGAAGCUCUCGAGCGUCAGCUGGCGACACUUACUAUGCAGCAGCAGGACCACCUCUCAAGGGCUAACUAUUUCGAAACGGAAAACCGGCGUUUGCUGGCAGAGUUGGAGGCACUCAAACUACGGACAUAUGAGGCGGAACAAGGGGCUCGCGAAAGUAAGAAUGAUCUGGAAAGCUUGCGAAAGGAUCAAGAGGAUUUGAUGGAACUAAUGACGGACCAGGAGAACAAGAUGAGGAUGUACCGGCAAAACUUGAAAAAACUGGGUGGUAAAGUGGAUGAUGAUAGCGAUGAUGAGGAGCAGCAGAAUGGUCUUCACGAAGAUGGAAGUAUUUCACACUAUUAGCAAGCAAUUCAAAUGGUAAUAACAGUAUAUGUAGUCCUACUGUUAAGGUAGCUAUUUCGCAAUGGCUUCACUGUUUCAAAAUUUGUUUAUGCCAAUACAAUAAUCUGUAUCAAAGAAUUUCACAAACAUUUUUUUUAUGUUAAGACAUAGCUGCCGUUUACCGUACUAUAAUGUAUUCAUGAAGAUAGAUAAUAUAUA